CAGCGAGCUGAGAUGGAGCCAAGUUGGUGCCGUUGGCCUCGAUCGCCUCUCUAACGGUUUCAUCUCCAUCUUCACUGUAACGAAGGUGUUGGUGGGAUGCUUGUGCCUUCCCCUGUGCUCAUGUGUUUGUGUGUUACGUGUCCAGGCUGAACACUGAGCUCGAUUGUUGGCAACUCGCGGCAAAACGAGACCAACGUAACAGGUGAUAUUGACGACCCUUCGCAAUACGAGACUGGAGCAUCGGGAGUCGUGAAGGGCUUACCUGCAACACAUACGAAAGUCGUAACUACUCUUGCGUGAGACACCUUAUGGACUCACUAUGUCGCCUUGGACUGAAGGUGUAGCCCCGGAUUCUUGGUCUGGGCUCGCCACGUAGCUGCGGGUGGGCUAUGCUCGCGUCGGGCUUGCUACGAGCAUUCAAAAAGUGGUCUGUGAAGUCGUGCCAUAAAAGACAUGGCGGCCGCUAUUCUUACUCUGCCCUGGAGGACGACGGGGCCGGGGAGAGGAUGGAGAUGGAGAGGAAGGCGGCGAGGGGCGCCAGCCGCGAGACCUCGGCCCUGGCGGCGCGGUCCUACCUGCGGGGCCACCAGCGCUACUCCCUCCUCGAGCACCUGAGGGACAUCGGCUCUCGCAUCGACAAGAACUGGUUCAUCAUCCGGGACUCGUCUGUGAAGACCGACCGACUCAUGACUCUGCAGCCGUACGACGAGCAGUGCCCAGUGCCAGUCACGCCGGGCACGCGGGAGGCACUCAUGGAGCUCUUCCAGGCGCUCCACCACCCCUACAUCUACCCUGUGCUCGACGUGGACUUCGCCAACAUCUCGUCCCACACUUACGUCAUCACAGUCAUCCCGCACAACAACAAGGGCACGCUCAAGGACCUCAUCUACAAGAGUCACUGGCAGGAUGACUGGGGCGAGAAGUACCAGCAGAGAUCGACGGGCCUCCCGGUCACGCAGGUGCAACGACUGGGCCGGCAAGUCCUGGAGGCGCUCCUGUUCCUGCAAGACCGCGGCUUCCCUCCCUGCGGACACCUACACUCCGGCAACGUCAUCCUGCAGAACGGCGUCGCCAGGUUAUCGGGAGUGGAAAAUACCCUCCUCGGCCUCACCUCGAGGAUCUACCCUAUCAUCAAGCGAAGACUCCGGGAUAACAGGGACGCGAUCGAUUCCGUGUGCUUCGGCCAUGUGUUGUUCGAGAUGUGUGCGGGCUACGAGCUGUCUGCCGCCCACCCGACGCCCAAACAUCUGGACGAUAUCGCUGCUUAUCCUCAGGUGGUGCAAGUGUUGGAGUACAUCUUCGGCAACGGCGACCAGUACCCGAGUAUCGAGGAAAUCCUUUGCAUGGACUUCUUCAGGAAUCUGGACCUUCGGGAGAUGCGGGCAGCCCCACUACCGCUCUCGGUGGCUCUCAUGUUCCAGAUUCGGUAUUCCCCGACGAUACGAAACAUUCUGAAAGAAGUCCGAAGAUUUCAGAAACAGAGAAGCUUGCAGCGGCGAACACGGUCCCUCAGUCGCGGAGAGACGCUAGAGGGGGAAGGUUACGGAAGGAGAGACGUCAGGCGUGGGCGUCGGGGGGGCGGUACAGCCUCGGGCGGUGAAGGCGGCGGAGGAGACACGCCCACGAGCAGCGAGGCGUCGGCAGGAGGGACGGGCGGGGGCACUGACGAGGGCGUGGCGCCCACGGGAUCCGCCUACAACACCCCGACGGCGUCGCUGGCCGCGCUCUCCUCGCCGACCUCCGACGUGACUCCCUCGCCGGAGCACCCUACCCACCGCCUGCUGGAGGUCUCCUCGCCCCAGCGCCAGCACCCCAACAACUGCCAAGAAGUGUUCCAUACGCCGCCCCACACGCCGCCCACCCCUCAGAAUCACCCAAUUAGAAACAACCAUGUCAGCCAGGCUCACAACGACCGCCCGCUCACAACGAUGCGUUAUCCGCCCAGAGACUCACGCAACUCCUGUUGGUCCAAUAGCAACCACGUGACCCAGAAUGGCCACGUGGGCAGGCGGGGCCAGCCAUGGACGUGACCCAGUGGCAGUUGUGGCAUGUCUACUGUGAUCCACCGCUCACUGUUCUUACCUUCCACCCUGUGGCUCCCUCAGCUGUAGACCUCUGUUGGCACAUCUUUGUUUUGUUUUACCUGUCUUCGGGGAUCAGAAGGAAAAUGCUUUAACAUAUUGAUUUUCCAGGGCAUCCGCUAGGAACCGGGCAAAGGACCUUCCCUCCCCACUCAGCUCCCUCAAAGGAAAAUAAGGACACGUGUGGCUGAGGCUGGGCAAGACUUCUUCGUUCUCAUGUGGUGUGAACUCAAGACUUCCACAUAAAGUUUAUGUUUAUCCAGUUGAAUAUCACGUACCCAGCGUGAGCCACGGUAAUAUGAAACAUAAUUCUAUAUCACUGAACAAAAGACAGUAAGUAAUUCUGGUGAAACAGUGGAUCACAAUACAGAGGACGCACAGACGAGUGGGAGUGGUGCUUCAUGACUGUUACUCUAGUAAUCCACGUGACUGGCCAUUCCGGCUGAGAACUGAGUGCAUCGCGAGUGCGUUUGUGUAGUGACUCACAAGCCUCUCCCGCGGGAGUCUCUUCCAGCAUCGGGGUCGCCGCCCCCUCACAGUGGUUCGUGAUGGAGAACUUAAUGGCGUUCCUUCACCUUCUUAUCGUGUUCCAAUAAUGUAAAUUUCAAUCACAUGAUUGCAAUAAUAAUUGUUAUGUUUUUUAUCAUAUAUUGUAAUUUAAGCUACACAGUGUGGUGGGCGAGGCAUUUAUAUACAUAAUUCUCUAGAAGCGUUUGUGUUCACUAGCAUAUUAGAGCAAAGAAUAUUAAUUUUAAAAAAUGGUAGUACAAUAAGUAUUGCUAGAUCUGUCCUUUUUCUAUACCUAUUCUCCCCCACCUCUCUCUUUUUCUUUCUCUGUCCCUCCAUCUAUCUAUCUAUCUUGCUUUCUCUCACUCUAUGCCCUUUCCUUUCUCACUAUUAUGUAAAUUAGAUACAGUUAGAAAUCUGAUUCGGCCGCUAUGUAUUCCACUCUCUUUUGCUCUGAGGUAGGAACGGGAAGAUGGAUAAAUAAAUAUAUACAUAUA